AAGAAACAUCGUUCAAUGGCAGCCCAACUGUCCAAUGAAAAUUACUUUCUUUAGCAGAGGCGGGACCGCUGGCAGGAGAGGUUGCCAGAGUCCAGCUCCUAGGCUGCUGCUUGGGGGGUGGGAGGGGGGGGGGAAGAAGAAACAAACAAACAAACGGACCCCCACCCGCUUUAGCAGAGCAUCUUAAGCUGCCUUUGAAUGGAUCAGACUCAGUUGUUGGAUUGGGAUAGGGAAGAUGGUGCCGAUUAUUCCUCGGAUGGGGCUGGUGACAAUGGGAAGCCCCCCAAGCCUGUUGGGCGGCUCCACCUUCUGAGCAGCAAGUAUGGGCCUGAGAAAGAUUUCUGGAUCUACCCUGGAGAGAAUGUCAUUGGUCGUCUGGAAAGCUGUCAGAUAUGUUUGCCUGUCUCUUCAGUUUCUAAAGCUCAUGCUGUGAUUGAGGUCCCUUCUUCUGAUGGGCCUCACCUUUUAUAUGAUCGGGAUAGCCUGAACCGGACCCGGCGCCAGCGUAUGGUGUUGAUACCACAAGUCCGAUACAGCCUUCAGGAUGGGGACACCUUGCUCUUUGGUGAUGUAGGCUGCCAGUAUUUCAUACUGGCCCCAGGCAGUACCUCUGACUCCCCUGAUGACUCCAUGGAGGUGCCACCUACCCAGCCGAGAGUGGAUGCCAGUGCUUUGGUUAUUGAGGAGACACCUGCACCAGGGAAAAGGAGGAUGGGAUUUGGAGGGAUCCUGGUCCAGGAUUCUGACAGGGAAGAGGAAGAGGAGGAAGCAGUGAACAAGGCAAGCAAACUCCAGCAUCUCCCAAGGAGUGAUGGGUCUUAUUCCUCCAUCAAAGAUGGCACUGAAGGGCGUUUGAAUGUGGCCUCUUCCAUGUUCUCUUCCCCCUCUGCUACUGUUGUGCCUGAAAGUGAUGAAGAAAGCGAGGAACCCUCAGGCAGUGGCCCAUCUGGCCCCUCCCUGCGCUUGUCCUUUGACAGCCCUGUGGCUGAACCAGGCCCUUCAGAGAAUGGUGCCGCUGCUACCCCUUCAAACCAAGAGAGGCAUCCUGCAAGAGCUGCAGAGAUUGAAGCGAAAGGUCCUUCAGGUGAUCCGACAGCUAAGGAGCAGGGAGCUUUAAAAGAUCCUAUCCCUAUAGACAUCCACCUAGACAGUGAUACGGAUGUGGAGGAUGAGGCGGAAGAGGGUAGCACCUCUGAAAUACCAGUGUCGCGAGACUUGGUGAAAGAGAACCAUGCCUUGGAAGUGGGCAGUGACACCGACACAGAAGAACCUGUGGCAGCCAAUCCAGAUGUUGGCUGUCAAAAGGACCACCACACUGCAAUUGAUGUUGGCAGUGACACUGAUGAUACAGAUGUGGAGGAGGCAGUAGAAAGCGCAGGCCCUGCUGAAAAUGGGGGUGGCGAUACAGAUGUGGAGGAGACAACAGAGCAUCCAAGUGCUGCAUCUUUCAAAAGCCGUGAGAGGAACCACGCAAAUGAGGACAGCUGCAAAGGUGUGGAAGGGGCAGGAGACAAUCCAGAUGUUGCACAUGCCAAAGACCAUCCGCCUGAUGAGAGUGACACAGAUGCAGAGGAGGCAGCAGAUGAUCCCAGUGUGUGUCUGAGGACCCAACGGCCUGCUAAAAAUGAGGACAGUGACAUAGAUAUGGAAGAGACCCCUCCCAAGGGGGAGAAUCCGGAUGGAUCUCUGAAGGCCCAUAAGGCUGUUGGGGAUAGUGAUGCUGACACAGAUGUGGAAGGGGCUAACUUGGAGACAGAGGACCCAGAUGUUGCUAUUCCUCAUGGCCUCCACUCCACAAGCUGUAAGGACAGCAGCGGCGAUGUGCAAGAGAUCCCCAGCAAGGGGAUUGCGCUGCACGGUGACAGUUACCCAAGUGAAGAUUCUGGGUGUGACAAUGUUCAAGAGACGAAGCAUCCUAGCCCUGAACUCCAGAGGAGUCAGCGAGCCUCCAGUGAACAGCCCAGGACCUUAAAUGUGAAGGAACCCAUGGAAGGCCCUGAAAUUGUAGAGGAUCUGACUGCUCUGCCUCAAAAUCAACACCUGCCCAUGCUCUCUGUGGAUAGUGAUACAGAUGAAGAGAAGGCUGGUGAAAAUCCAGAUGUGGACUCAAAGGGGAGCCCCAAAACUGCAGAUGCUGGGCCCAGUGGAAGAGAGAGGGAGAGCCUUCUUGAGAAUCCAGCGUUGGGACCCCAGAAGGGCUCUGAAUCCAGAAACGAUGGGGACAGUGAUACAGAUGUGGAAGCCACUUCACCAUCUCUUAAGGAACCUGUGGCUCAUGACAGUGAUACGGAUGUGGAGGAAGUGAUCACACUGUUGCCAGGGAAACCCUUGGAAGAGCAAGACACUCAGUUAGUCCCUGAGAGAUCUUGGGUGCCUGGGGAGAAAUCGGCUAGCUCUGCAAUAGAACUGAGAGUCUGCCAUGAGCCUUACAAAGAAGAUGAAGAUACUGAUGGAGAGGGACAUGCAUCCCACCCAGAAGAUGAGAGCAACACUGAUGGAGAAGAUGAUGCUGACCUGCUUCUCCAGGCAACACAGUGUUACCUACCUGCUGAGGCUUUGCCUCCCAGGGCUGAGAAGGCUGGGAAUACUACAGCAGCCGACUCCAGUUGUGCCCUGGAAGAGGAACCCACUCAGAUGUUUGACUUUAGACCCCCCUCUGCGCCAGCCAAGUUCCAGCCUGGGAGAGCCUGCAGCUCUCCCUUGAAAGAUGAUGAUUCGGAUCCAGAUGUGUACAUGCUAGAAGCAACUCAGCCAUUCUGUAAGGAGCCUGGGCAGCUCUCUGAAGAGGCCACACAAGCCUUUGUUGCUGAAGAGGAGGAAGAUACGGAACUGAUUUCCCAGCACCCGCCUGAAGGGGAAGACCUCUCUGAGCAAACAGCUCGGACUUUAGUUCCAGUUGUGGCCACUAGGGUGCAGCAGGCUGGCAGCCUCACAGGAGCUAGCACUCAACCCUAUUCCAUAGUGUUGACCUCUUCCGAGCCUGUCUUACAAUCAGCAGGGGGUUCUGCUGCAGAGGAACCCCAGGAGGCAGAGGAAACACAACCUGUUUGUUCAGUGCCAAUUCUCCCUGUUAAGGGUAGUGAGCUGUUGGUGCUACAGAAGGGAGAGAAGGUCUCCACAAGCCAGGAACAGGUGCUUGUGAGAACGCCUGAAGAUGGAAGCACUGCCGAAAUCUCACAGUCACAGAGAGGGGCAGGUCAAGUUGAAGUUGAAUCAGUGGAGAGGAGCUCAACACCCGCAGGAGAAGCAAGGAAUGCUGAGCAGCUGCCAGUGUGUGUCACAGAAGAGCCCACCAAAUCUGUGUCCCCUGCCCCUGGGCGACGGCGCAGCCUUCGGUCCUCUUCUGCUGCCGCUUCCCCGGCUUCUGUUCCAGAAGGACGAAGCCGCCUCCGCGGCCAUGUGGGAUCUGGUGACGCAGAUGGGUCCAGCGAACCGGUUGCCCCUGUCACCAGACGUAGGGGGCUGCGGCAGCUCAGCAAUCCAGCCGAGUAUCUGGACGAGCCCAAGAGGAAGACUGAACAGCCGGAGGGGGAGGAGGCGAGUCGUACCAAGAAGCCCAAGAAUGGGGAGCCGACAGUCGCUGUGUGUCAGGGGCGAGUCAGGCACUCACAAGGAGAAUCCAGUGUUGUCAGUAGGCCUAAGGAAGAAAAGGCAACAACUGUAGACAGCCCAGGGACCAGGGAGCCAGCAAAGAGAGAGCAACGGAGAACAGCAACCAAAGCUGUGGAAGAACGACAGGCAGAACUCCCUAAGACCCGGGCCAGCAGGCGGUCAGGCAGUGCUUCAGUGACUACGCCAAGCCCAAAGGAUUCUGGGAAAGCUGCCAAGCCUAGGCAGGAGCCGGCACAAUCCACUCCAUCCUUGGGAAGGAGGUUGCGACGCCAGAGUACGGAAAACCAACCGGUGGGAACGAGAGCCCAGCCCCGGAACCGAGCCCAGGGUUCUGGAGUCCCUGUCCCAAAGGUGCUGUUCACAGGGGUGAUUGAUGAAGAGGGAGAGCAUGUAGUCACCGAGUUGGGAGGCUCCUUGGCGGAAUCCGUCUUUGACUGCACCCACCUGGUGACGGACCGCGUGCGCCGCACAGUCAAGUUCUUGUGUGCCCUGGCUCGGGGCAUUCCCAUUGUGACUCUCGACUGGCUGGAAAAGAGCAGGCGGAACUCCUCCUUCCUGGUGCCCAGCAGCUUCCUUGUUCAUGACCCUGAGCAGGAGAAGAAGUUCUGCUUCAGCCUCACCGAGUCACUGCAGAGAGCACGGCAAGAAGGUGGCCUGCUCCAGGGCUAUGAGAUCCACGUUACCCCAAAUGUCCAACCAGAGCCUGAGCACAUGAAGGACAUUGUCAAAUGCAGUGGUGGGACCUUCUUACCCAGAAUGCCUCGCGCCUACAAGGACAAACGUAUUGUCAUCUCCUGUCCUGAGGACCUGCCCCGCUGCAAAGUAGCACAGGACGCCAGGAUCCCCAUUGCUAAUUCAGAGUUCAUCCUGACGGGCAUAUUGCAGCAGAAAGUAGACUUGGAAGCCCACCAGCUGGAUGGGGUGGAUGCCCCUCGCCUUGCCACUCCUGCUGCUCCCAUCACCAGGGCCAGCAAGAGGAGGGCCGCAGUGCUCACAGCCCCAGCCCCACCCAGCACAGCCAAGAGACGGCGUUGAUGCUGAAACACAGCCCGUGACGUGGAGACACUGCCUUAAUCUUGUAAAUAGUGGAUUUUUAUGACUGUCAAUAAACUGGGUAUAAAAAUGACUAUUUGUCAAUGGAACAUUAGGAGAGGAAAUGAUAUUCCAUACCAGAAUCCUAUGAUCCCAAACAAAUAAUGUAAUUUAGGGUUGGAAAUGUUGCUCAGAAUCACAGAAUGUUAGUUGAAAGGGACUAGAGAUGUGAAGGCCUCUGGGGGUUGGGAACAGAAAAAAAUGGGGGUGGGGGUGGUUUCAAAGGACUCCCCCCCCAAAAAAAAACACCUGCAAAAAGGGCGGGGUUAUGAAAUAUUUUAUUUUGGAAUUUUGAAUAAAAUAUUUAAGAAAGGGUG